AUGGAAAUCUCACUUCGUCAAUCGAAAAUCCACGAUAUUCCAGAUCUCGUCCGGGUACACACGGCAGCAUUCAAAGCAGAUCAAUUCUCAAAGUUCAUGCUCGAUGGCCGAGAAGAGAACGCGCAUCAGAUCAUGAUGGAGAAGUCGCUCAAGAUCUGGCUUGCGGAUCCGACCACAAAGCUGGUGAAAGCUGUUGCAAGUGAUGGAAGUGUGGUCGGCCACAAAGUCUCCAACCCCCCCAACGAUAGCGAGACAUCAUCAGUCAACCACUCGUUGCAACAGAAAUCAGAAAAACCAAAACCUCCAGCUCAACUCCUCGGUCGCCUGAUGCGUCGUGAUGCCAUGAAAUGGGAAAUGGACUCGAUGAAAGGUGGACGAUACCUUACUAUUCAAGCAUUAGCAACAUAUCCCAGCUUCCAGGGUCAAGGCAUAGGGUCCAGGCUUAUUAAAUGGGGUACCGACAUCGCCGAUGCAGAGGGCCUUCGAUGCUGGGCGCACGCAUCGCCAGCCGGUCAUCGUCUCUAUACUAGGGCCGGAUUUUCAGAGCUGGGAAGGAGCGACUAUGACCUUGAGAAGUUUUCUGACGGGAACAAAAGCUGGGGGCACUAUACAUUUCGGUACAUGAAGCGUCCAGCUCAAAAGAAAAGGUGA